AUGCUGCGACGGAACCGUAUAAUGCAUAUCGAUCCCAGAGCAUUCGAGAACACGCCUAACAUAAGAGUGUUGCGGCUGGAUGAUAACCUGCUGACGGAGGUGCCGCCAGCCGUGCGCCUGCUACCGCUACUAGAAGACCUGUCGUUGGGUAGCAACCGCGUGGAACUGGUGGAGGAAGAGGUGCUGCAGAGGGCGCGGCGUCUAACGCGGCUCGAGCUACGCGCCAACCCGCUGACGAGGGUGCAUCCGCGAGCGCUGCAACACCUACCGCACCUCACCACCCUUAUAUUGUCGGAGGCGCGCGGGUUGCGCGAGCUGCCUUCGCUGAAUGGUUCGUUGCGUCUGCGCACGCUGCGUGUGGACCGCGCGCGUCUCACCGCACUACCCACCGAACUAUGCUCGCAUGCACCACAGCUCCGGAUACUAGAUGUGAAAUCUAACCUGCUGGACCGAGUGCCGGACUUGCAAGAGUGCUUGGAGCUGAGAGUGUUGGAGCUGUCUGACAACAGUAUAGAAUCAGUGGAGUCACCCGCGCUGGCGGGGCUGACGCGGCUGCAUGACCUGGUGCUGGCGCGGAACAAACUGCGACGUCUGCCCGCAAGAGCGUUCACACACACGCCCGCGUUGCAGUUGCUGAACCUAGAAGAAAAUCACAUUGAGCACAUCGAUAUGGAAGCAUUCGUGCCGAUCUCAAAGUUGGAAGACUUCUCAAAAGUCAAAUAUAAUCGUCAAUGUAAAUGUUCAAACCAUCCGCUGCAAAGGAACGUGGGCAACAACGUGUUCCCGUGGCUGCCUGCCAGCGGGCUGCAGCGCCUACUGCAUCUGAAGGCGCACAACAACCCACAUCUACGACACUUCCAUCCUCCCGAGCUAUUCCCAAGAAUACAGACGCUAGUAUUGUCGUACGCGUAUCACUGCUGCGAGUUUAUGCCGCUGAUGGAGGCGAGCGAGGAGACCGACGAAGAGGAGGGGCUCAGCGAUCUAGUACUGCUGCCGCCGCGCACUCUUGACCCCGCCGCCUGGGCCAACCUCACCGACAUCUGGCCACAUCUAUUAAACGCUACGAGUGGUUCAGCGUGGGGCGCGAGUGUAAGCGAGGCGCGGGUGGCAGCCGAGGCGCGCGCUGACUCGCCACGCCGCGUGCACUGCCUACCUCUACCAGGGCCGUUUUUGCCGUGCGUGGACCUGUUCGACUGGUGGACUCUGCGGUGCGGCGUAUGGGCAGUGUUUCUGCUAGCGUUGCUCGGCAACGGGACCGUUGUCUUCGUGCUCGUGUUCAGCCGCAGCCGUAUUGACGUGCCGCGCUUUCUCGUCACCAACCUCGCCGCCGCAGACUUCUUCAUGGGCAUCUAUCUAGGUUUCCUCGCGGUCGUCGACGCGGGCACAUUGGGGGAGUUCCGAGCGCACGCGAUAUCCUGGCAGAUGUCCGGCGGCUGCAGGCUAGCGGGUUUCCUGGGCGUGCUCUCCUCCGAACUGUCCGUGUACACACUCGCCGUGAUUACGCUUGAGCGCAAUUACGCCAUCACGCACGCAAUGCACCUCAAUAAGCGGCUGUCACUACGGCACGCAGCUGCCGUGAUGGCGGCGGGCUGGGCGUUCUCACUGAUUGCGGCCGCGCUGCCGCUGCUCGGUGUAUCCGACUACCGGAAAUUCGCCGUCUGUUUGCCAUUCGAGACCGGCUCGCCGCUUGCACUCGGGUACGUAGUAGCGCUACUCGUGGUUAACGGCGUCGCGUUCCUGGUGCUGCUCGGCUGUUACCUCAAGAUGUAUUGUGCUAUCCGUGGCUCGCAGGCUUGGAACUCAAACGACUCGCGCAUUGCAAAGCGCAUGGCGCUGCUCGUCUUCACCGACUUCCUGUGCUGGUCACCGAUUGCGUUUUUCGCGUUAACCGCCGCAUUUGGCGCGCAGCUCGUGUCGCUCGAGGAGGCGAAGGUGUUCACCGUAUUCGUGUUGCCGCUCAACUCAUGCUGCAAUCCGUUCCUGUACGCGAUCCUUACGAAGCAGUUCAAAAAGGACUGCGCGCUCGUGUGCAAGGCGAUCGAAGAGUCACGCGUGACACGUGGAAUAGGCCGCUGCCGGCACUCGUCCAACUUCAGCAACCGGCAGACACCCGCCAACACUAAUAGCCUCAAUGAGCGCUCCUCGCGUGGCCAACAGCACGGUGCAGCAUGCGCGUGCAGGCGUCUGCUCGCUGACGCCACGCCUGUGCCACCCCCACCACGCGCGACCGUCGCCCCUACCGGGCCACCCCCACCCCUUCCUGCCGGAGGCGAACGUCUGCUACGCUGGCUGCGAGCAUGCGGUCGUCGCUCCACACCCGCGCCAGCUCCCGCUCCUCGCACGGUGACGGCGCCACCUGCGCGCGCCGGGUCAGUAUCGUCGUCAGUGGAGUUCUCAUCCUCGCGGUCGGACUCAUGGCGUGCAUACGGUCGGCCGCCUCCACCCCCCCGGCGUGCCGCCUCAUGGCUCGUCACGCGUAAAACAUCACAGGAUUCGAAUUUAUCAUCGUCGCGGAACGAUUCUUCUGGUUCAAACGCGACCGCAUCGACUGGUACAUGGCGGACGUCGCGCUCGGGCGGCAGUGCGACAGGCCCGGCGGGGGCUGGGGUGACGGGUGCGGGAGUGCGGCCGCGGCUCACACGUCAGCCGGCGAUUGUGGGGGAUGAGCCACCGCAGUCGCCAGGCGGUGGUGCCUCGCUGCCGGCUCCACGGCACCUACACACGAUCCCGUCAGCAACAGAACCCGAUCCUCCCCAGGAGGAAACCGAGGGCUCCCGAUGA